AUGAGACUUUGGGGUGUCGCCUUGGCCGCACUGACCGCUGCCAGUCUCAGCUUGGCAUCACCCUUCGGAGGAGGCGGAGGUGGCUGGAAAAUGGGUGGCGGGGGCGGCGGAGGUGGAUGGAAAAUGGGUGGCGGGGGCGGCGGAGGUGGCUGGAAAAUGGGUGGCGGGGGCGGUCACGGAGGAGGAGGGGGCUUCAAGGGAGGCAUGAUGCCCACCAUGAAGCACAAGUUCCGCACGGGCAACGUCUACCUAAUCAAGGAACUGCAUCCCGUCGGCGGCGGUCAUGGCGGCGGAGGCGGCGGCGGAGGCGGCGGCUGGAAGAUGAUGGGCGGAGGAGGCCACGGCGGAGGAGGCUGGAAGAUGAUGGGAGGUGGUGGCGGCUGGAAGCCUAUGGGUGGCGGCUGGAAGUCCGGUGGCGGGGGCGGUGGCUGGAUGGGAGGCGGCGGCCACGGUGGCGGUGGAUGGAUGCCGAUGGCUGGCUGGAUGAUGGGCGGCGGUCACGGCGGCGGAGGAGGCGGCUGGAAGAUGGGAGGCGGCGGAGGUGGCUGGAAGAUGGGAGGCGGUGGUGGAGGCUGGAAGAUGGGCGGCGGUGGAGGCCAUGGAGGAGGAGGAGGAGGAGGCUCUAAGGUUGGAACCACGUACAUCAUCAUCAAAAAGGGAGGUGGCGAUCGACCGAUAAAACUGCCCGUCUCAAAGUUGUACUUCGAACUCUUAUUGACGAUACCACUACGGUGA